CUCUCUCUCUCUCUCCUUCCGCAGCUGUUUUCUUCUUCUUCAUCUUCAACUUUCUCUGUUGAAUCGAUCAAGAAAAAAAGUUCAAAUCUUUGUCUUUAACCCUUUAAGAACCCUAAUCUGAACCUCUUCGUUCUUCUCUUCCUAACCCAUAAUCCCAACCAACCCUUUUUCUACUUCUUCUUCUUCUUUCAGUGUUCAAAUUCAAACAAUGGCUGAAAACGAAGAUAUAAUCAGUACUCUUCCGAAUUCCUUACUGACCAGAAUUCUUUCAUGGGUUCCUACCUUAGAUGCUGUUCAAACGAGUGUAUUAUCAAAGAGAUGGAGACAUGUGUGGAAAGAGAUACUGGUUUUGGAUAUCUCUGAUGAAAGUUUUGUUGAUGAAUCAUUUGCUGGUGAUAAAGUCGACGAAUACCAGCAAAAAAUUGAUACCUUUACCGAAUUUUCAGGCUUUGUGAAUUCGGUCCUUGCCCUUCGGAAAUGUGCCACAACAAAGAUGAGACUUUUGUGUAAUAGGUCCCACUACUACAGCCAUAUUUGUAACAACGCUGUGAAUACUUGGAUCCCAUCAAUAUUUUCCUCUGAUCUACAGGAAUUUGAAUUCCAAAUUAGAUGUGUGGGCCUUAGUUUCCUAAUACCAACGACUCUGAACCUUUGCACAAGUCUUAAUUCUCUAAGUCUAGCUGGUACAAUUAUAAUUGACCAGAAUUUGUUAAGGACAAUUCACUUGCCAAUGCUGAGGUCACUGAAGCUAAAUAUGGAGACUGUUGUUGACAUCAAAAUAGUGAACCAAUUUAUGUCAGGCUGUCCAAAACUGGAAACAUUAGAAGGCUAUUUUCAUUUUGGUGAUUAUUCUAACAUUCACAUUCCACAAACAUUGGAAACAGUGAAAUUCAACACAGAUCCCAAUGGGAUUGGAUUCUUAGAGUUGAGAUUUGUGGGGCUUGAGGCUAACAAAGGAACCUUGAAAUAUGUGAAGAAGGGUUCUCUCAAUAUUUCUUCUGAAACAUACCUUGCCACAAUGCUAGAUCCCCUGUUCACUAUGUUCAAAGUUAUGUCUGGCGUAGAAGAGUUAAAAAUGCAUACCUCAACAACAAAGUGGCUAUAUGGGCGUUGGAGGCUUGAUCGUCAUUGUCUUUCUGAGGUUUUAUCCCUCCAUACUCUACAUCGGCUGGAGCUCAUCACCCCGCUGUUUGUCUCGGGUUUCUUCUUGAGCGUCGUUCAACAAUGCCCCGUAUUACAUGAUUUAAAGAUUGAAAACCGCCAAGAAUCACCUUAUAUGCUUUGGACUGAACCGAAAUGUCUUGAUUUCCCUCUAACUCAACUAACUCAUAUUCAAAUCAAAGGUUGUGAAGGAUCACCGGAGGAAGUGGACUUUGCGGUGUUUAUUUUGAAAAACGGGAAAGUUGUAGAGGAAAUGAAACUUUUGGAUAUUCCGGCUGACAAAGAAAAGUCAUUUGAAAAGGUCAUGCAAGAGCCAAGGGCAAAGACAGGAUUGUGCAAAGUCAUACUUGGCAAAUUGGACCCCAGCUGCUAUUGAAGGUCCAAAUGGGAAAUGAUGACAUUAGCUAAUGGAUAGGAGGCAACAUCAAUUUUGAGCUAUUCUGUUAUCUGAGGGAUCAGUUUUGAGGGUUGAACUCUGUGGCAGUUUUGGAUAGGAGGCAAUAUCAAUUUUGAGCUAUUCUGUUAUCUGAGGGAUCAGUUUUGAGGGUUGAACUCUGUGGCAGUUUUGGAUAGGAGGCAAUAGACUUUCUGUAUAUUACUUUCAGUAUUAUUUUUGAUCAUAUCUUAGUUUAAUUCUAAAUCAUGGCAAAAACCUCUUUGCCCCAUUGAAUCGGAGCCAAGGGCCUUGAAUGUAGUGGAGUAUUUUUACUCAUAUUUUGGAGGCUCAAUUUUUGAAAAGAUAUCCUAAUAUUGAUCAAUUUUCAAACAAAAGAAAAUGGAUGGUGUAACGAGAUAUUCUUAUAUGAUCACAAAAUUGUAUACGUGAGGUUGAAAUUGUCUAUACCUUUAAGGAAAAAAAAUGCAAAUACAAUUCUCUCCAUCUCA